AUGAUGGAUAUUGACGAGCCUUCGCCUAGAAACGAGUGUUUCUUGGAAUCGCCCUGUGCCCAGACUUUCCAUCGAUUCCACCAACUCCCUCCGGCCAUUCGACUAAUGAUAUGGAAAGAGUUCUACCUCAUCCCACGCCAGUUCCUCGCGCAUUGGGAGGGCUACGAGGAUCUUAUAGGGAACGAUACUAUCUUAUUAUCUUGGGAUUUAUACCCCGUUGCCCCAGGCCACAACUGGAACGCGAAGAGUUACUACUACUCCAUCGACAACACCAUUGAUCGUAUGUCGAGGUCCGUCGCUCGCAGCCUUCGCAAGCGGUUCGGCUUUCCUACAUAUCUUCGCAAGAGCCUAGACCCCUGGUCAAUCUCGCAACCACCUGAGCAGGGCCUGAGGUCGGACGUCAUGAUCAACUGGGAGGUGGACUUUAUAAACCUGAGCAGGGAGACUCCUCAAGUGUACCUGAUCGACGACUUGCCGCAUCUCCAGUGGCUCAGAUACGUCGAGAACAUCGUCGUCGAAACGUGGUUCAGCGAGUGUAAGUCAAUCAUCGAGAACAUGAACGGGCUCACAUCGGAGAACAAGUGGCUGCUGGAGAUGAGGCACUGGCUCCCAAACCUCAAACUCAUACAGCGUGAGUUCACCAACGGGGCGCCAGUCGUUCUAAACGAAUGGGCAUUUUUCCAGACAAGCUAUCUACUUCGCGAGGCAGAAGAUACCCCGCAGAGCUGGAGGCAUACAAGGCAAUUUGCGACUGACCUCUAUUGGCAAUCCUGGAUUUUUUUGCCCAAGACACCUCAGUGGACUUCUUUUCUAGAAAGAUUACAAAGUAGUGGUGUCGAACUUCGAGAUGUGAUGUCGCAGGAAAUUGAGUUGUAUGACGAGGUGUUGGGCAGUAGAAGACUUUUCCAAGGGCUCGAGCAAAUCGAGGCGAAGGAAUGGGACUCGUGA